AUGAGCGUCGGGACUCCUUAUAUCGGCAGUAAAAUCGGCUUGAUAUCCAAAGCUCUAAAUCGGUAUGAGGGCAUCUUAUACACUAUUGAUACCGUGAAUUCGACAGUGGUGUUGACAAAAGUGAAGUCAUUUGGAUCAGAGGGCCGACCCACAGACAGGCCAACCCCUCCCAAAGAUGACGUCUAUGAGUACAUCAUAUUCAGAGGAAGUGAUAUCAAAGACAUCUCAUUGUGUGAGCCUCCAAAAUCCCACCAUGGCCUGCCCCAGGACACUGCCAUUGUGCAGUCAUCACUCAGCACCUCAGCGUCCUCCUAUAAUCCAACUCCAGGACCAAUCAGUCCCUACAGGAUCCCGUCGUAUAACCAGCUAGCAGCCAACUAUCUGCUCAACCAGCAGUAUGCUGCAGCCCUUGGUCUGGGUGGAACUCAAGGCCCUCAAGUGAGAAGGGGUCCUAUGGUGGAGCAGGCUGUCCAGACGGUGCCUCUAGAUGAGGCAGGGCAGAACAAAGGCCAGAGUCUGUCUCAGGAGCAGCGCAGGGAGACCAGUAGGCCCAUGCAGCGAGCUGCACAAGGGAGCCCACAGCCCCAGAGAUGCUCUGGACCAGGCAGUGGCUCCGAUGUACAGCGUCGACGUACAACUUCCCACUCCAAUGAUGAGAACAGGCCACCACCAAGGAGGAGACAAGGAGCUCGUAGGCCCAGGAAUCGUAAUCGGGGCCAGCUUCUUGUGAAGAGCUCAAUGCCCAGCACCCUCAAGUUUGAGUCAGACUUCGACUUUGAUUCUGCAAACGCCCAGUUCGACAAGGAAGAGCUAGAGCGGGAGAUGCAGGACAAGUUGAACAUCAAAGAAACCCAGGAUGAAGGGAAGGUGAAACCAGAAGUAGACACUGGUGAGAAGACAGUGGAGAGGGAUCCACUUGGCCCCAAGUGCUACUAUGACAAGGCCAAAUCCUUCUUUGACAACAUCUCGUCAGACCAUAAAUCCAGACGCACUACCUGGGCAGAGGAGAGGAAGCUGAACGUUGAGACUUUUGGGGUUCCUGGCCGCUUCCUGAGGUUCCGUGGGGGCUACCGCGGCCGGAGAGGGCUAGGGUCAGCACAGCGCCGGCCCUCCCAGCGAACUGGGACUGGGAGGCUGUGAGGGUCAAGUGAGUAAGGAUGUGUGUGUUUAUUCAAAAGCCUGGGUAUAUAUUGCUUGCGAUUUGAGUCUAACCAGGCAAGGCUAGUAAUGUUUAUUUAUUUUUAACCCUGCAGGCCUCGUUUGACGCUUGGGUUACCUUGUGCAUGAAUUGCCACGAAGUGGUUGGUUGUGUAUGUACUUUUGUUUUUGUAGUUAACCAAAAUGUAACAUUUUGCAUUCCAUUAUUUUUCUCUGCCAUCAUGAAGUGUUUUGUAAUGAGAAUUUAUUUUGACUCUUGGGACCCCACACCUGAAUAAUUAUAUGAGAAGUGAAAUGCAUUGCUUUUUCUUUAUUUUCUUUGAGCCUAAGGUACAUUUUGGCUUUUGACAUUGUUUUGAAUUUGCUUGUGCUUUUCAUUCUUUUCUGUAUUCUGAUAAAUGGAUGACAUGCAAACUUCCUAAACUAUUCAAGGGAUCAAUUUGAAGAUGAAACUGGUGAGGGUAAACUACUUCAUGGUAUUGUAAAUAUUACUUAAUAUAAUUAUACAUAACUUAAUUAAAACAGACCAUGUCUGCCAAAAAUAUUGAAUUCCCAUGUAUUGGUUUGUUUUCUAUCAUUUUGAGAAAAUAAGUGUUCAGUUGUUACAAAUCUAAUAAACAUGGGAAAUUGCUUA